AUGGAGUCAACCGCUGUCUCCGCCAUGAAGGGCGAUAAACUGAAAGAUCCAGUGCAAUGGAGAAAUUGGUUCGCACGAAUCAAGAUAUAUGCACGUCAGAAGAGGGUGUGGGAUCUCGUAGAUCCUCAUACCGAAGAAGAUGAGCUUGAGCAACCAAUUCGCAAGCCUAGAAGGCCUCAAUACCCUGAAGGAGGCACCGAAAUAGCGAAACGAGAGUGGAGGGAUCGCCCAGACGCUGUCAACGAAUGGAUUAUCACCAACUUGGACCCAAUCUACCAUACCUCUAUGCUCAACUACCAGACUCCGUACGAACGCCUUGUAUACCUCCAUACUCAAUUUGGUAGAUCAACGGCAGUGGAGGAAGAUAUUCGUGCGCAAUGGAAGCGUGUAUCAGCGUCACCACCUAAGAAAGGUGUUGACAUCGAUCAGUGGAUCAAUGAAUGGGAUUCACUAAGAGAGCAAGGCGUUAGCUUAGGCCUGCCAGAGAUGAAAAGCGCCAACAAGGAUUUCCUCCGUGCUAUCAAGGAUAUACUCCCUGUAUGGUGGCAGCUCAAAUUCGAAGCGAUCGUACUACACCAGGAAGAAUGGGAUACGCGCGACUUGAUCGAAAACUUUAGAGGAACAUAUCGAGAGCUACACCCACAGCGAGGAAGCAACACUAGCACGAUCUCAAAAGCAUCGUUUUCGACACUGCAAGGCUUCGAAGAAGCUAGAUCAGAGCAACCGCAGGAACAGCCGCAGCAGCAGCUGCCACAAGAACGUUCCUUACCACCUAUCCCUAAGCGUUGGUGCCCAUGCGGUAAUAAGGUACAUAAGCCUUGGGACUGCUGGACGAUUAAUAGAGAAGCCCUUUCUAAAAAACCACUCUCGAAGUGGAAGGCGAUGCGUGUGGAAGAGCGUCUCGCAAAGGAUGAAGCUUGGAAGGCCUGGAUAGAGAAGGUUGUGAAGGAGCAUAACGAGAAGAAUGGAGUGAAAUCUGCCACGAAUAUGGCUAAUAUCACUCAGCUAUAUGGCUCCCACUUCACCACAAGCUUCCCUAUCGAUCAAAUUCAUCAAGCUGCCCUGAAGAGCGUCAAAACGACCGGCAGUGAUGAUAUUCAACAGAGAUGGUUUCUCGAUACAGCAUCAUCGGUGCAUGUGUGUAACCAGAAGGACCUAUUCACUACGUUCGAACCAGUGCAGUCAGGCCUAAAGACCGGCGAUUCAAUCACAGCUGAGGAAGGGAUUGGAAGCGCGAUCAUGACAGGAGUAGGCCCCGAUGGCUCUACUAGGCCAAUCCAACUCAGCAACGUCUUAUAUUCGCCUCACUUCCAUGCGAAUUUGAUGUCGUACGCAGCACUAAAGGAGAAGGGUGUUCGAUGGGAUGGAUAUACGUUAACAGAUGACCCACCCGCUGGAUCAACAACGAUGCCUACCGCCUCCCCAAUUGCACCGUUGACUAAACCCGCCGGCGUGCAUGUGUUUGUCAAUACCAUGGUUGGCAUAGAAAGGGUGUAG